UUUUUUUUUUUUUUCUUUGUUUUACUUAAUAAAAUUUAAGCAUGUCUGAUAUUCGUGAAGAAUUCGUUAAUGCAGCAAUUGACAGAGCAUAUUCUUUAAUAGAUUAUAGUAUUUACAAUAAUAUACACAAAGAAUAUGAAUUUAAAAAACAGACAAUUCUUGUUGAUGAUUCACUUACAGAAAAUGAAAAAUCUGAAGCAAUAAAAAUUUUAACUAAUUAUUAUGAUAUGGAUAAACUUACCAAUAAUGAAGGAACAAAAAGAAUUUGUGAAAAUUGUAACCAAGAAUGUUUAGCCACAGUGUUUUGUGAGCAUUGUGUUCGGAAUUGUUUAAAAGCAAAAUUUUCAAAUUGGACAUCCGGAAAUGAUAGUAUUGAUAAUUUAAUACAAGAAUGUCAAAUGAAGGCAGUAACCCCAAGUCUAAUACCAGAAUGGAUUCCAUAUAAUAAUUUAAACAAUAUUGAAUAUCUAACAAAAGGUGGUUGCUCGGAGAUUUAUACAGCACAAUGGAUUAAUGGAAGUUAUGAUGAAUGGGAUUCUAAAGAACAGCAAAUAAAAAGAUUUGGAGAGCAGAAUGUAGUGCUUAAAAGAUUAGAAAAUGUUGAAAAUGCAAAUCAAAAUUGGUUUGAAGAGGCCAAAUCACAUUUAACUAUAAGUAAUAAAAGGGGAGAAAUUGUACAGUGUUUUGGUUUAACACUAGAUCCAUCAAAUGGAAGUUAUAUGCUUGUGAUGAAUAAAAUGAAUAUAGAUUUAAGAAAAUAUUUACAACAAAAUCAUAAUCGACUUACAUGGAAAAAAAAAAUUCGAAUUGCUUCUAAUAUAAUUCUAGCACUUUUAAGAGUUCAUGAUGAGAAUGCAAUUCAUAGGGAUUUGCAUUCUGGUAAUAUAUUAUUUAUGAUGACUAAUAAUAUAUUUUGUAUUAGUGAUCUUGGAUUUUGUGGACCUGCCGAUAAACCAUUAAAAAGUAUAUAUGGAAAUCUUCCUUAUAUAGCACCUGAGGUUAUUAUUGGAAAAGAACAGACUUUUAAAUCUGAUAUUUAUAGUAUUGCAAUGCUUAUGUGGGAAAUUUCUUCUGGACAACCACCAUUUAUUAAUUAUGAACAUAAUUAUGAUCUCGCUAUGAAUAUUGUUAAUGGUAUAAGACCAAAAAUUGUAUCAGGAACUCCUUUAGAAUAUAAAAAUUUAAUGAAACAAUGUUGGGAUGCUGAUUCAUCAAAGCGACCUGAUAUUUAUACACUUUCAGAUGAAAUAGAUAAGCUUAAUCUAUAUUAUCAAACUAAGUCAUAUGAAUUAUUAACACAAUUGGAAGAAGAUAAUAAUUUAGAAAUAAAUAAUGUAAGCAGCUUAGAAAAUUAUACAAGUAGUACAAGUAAGCUUCAUCGAUUUGAAAAUCUUCCUGAACCAAGAAAUGCAACAGAAGAAGAACUAGAAGCAUUUUAUAGUAAAUCUUAUGACUUCCGCAUUCCUGAUAACAUUGAUGAUUUUGAUAAACUCAAAAUCUAAUGUUCAAAAUAAUUAUUAUAGAGAAGAAAUAAUGCAACAACAAAGAAGGAAUAUUGAUAUUGAUGAGAAUGAAGUGCACAACAAUCCUAAUCUUCAUUCAGAAGAACAGGAUGAAUUGGAAAUUCUUGAUGACAAUAAGGAUUAAUCUUUAUAUCAAUGUUGAAAUGUUAUUAUUUAACUUUUUAAGUUAUUAACAGAUUUUUUUUUAAAAUAAUAUAUUUAAUGUAUUUAGUUAUUUAGAUACGAUGUAUUUUACAAGCAACUAUUACUAUUGAAGUUUUCCUUAUUGUAAAUUAUUUAAACACUAAGAUUAGAGUAGUAAGAUAUGACAUCUUUCAAGAUUCU